AUGUCAACCCUCAUUUAUAGACAGUUACAAGAGAAUUACAGACGAAAGAACGGAGAUGGGCUCUCACUCACAUUUCUUUUGAUCUGGCUUGCUGGAGAUUUAUUCAAUUUAGCUGGUAUCAUUAUGGAGAAACUCAUGUUUACAAUGUUCCUAUUGGCUCUGUGGUACACUGUUGCAGACAUUGGUCUUCUUUGGCAGGUGGUUUACUACCAACAAUGUCUCGCCGUAGAGAUCAAAUGUGAUCAAGACGAAGCUAUUGUGCUACUGAAUCGCAAAACCUCACUCACUCAGCGAAGAGUCAGUCUGGAGAAACCAACAAUGCUGAGCAAAGUAGACACAGUGGCAUUGGAAAAGCAAUCAAGUGUCCAUGAUGUACUUUUAGAUGACGAUGAGAAUCAUGCAGUGGCAGCAGCAGCUUCCAAUGCAGACAUGAUCAAUGGCGAUGGCAUCACAUGUCAUAAUCUCUCCAGCAGUAGCUCUGACCGAGAUAGACACACAAUCCAGCCCAAGGUCAAACCUAUGUGGGUCAAUUUAAUCGGAUCAAGCAUGAUGAUCGUGUUGAUCGCAGCAUCAUGCUAUGGCUACAUGAUGACAGCAACAACAAUAGAGAUAGUAGACGAUGAUGAAACGAUACAGCUAGUGCCUCACAUAUUGGGCUGGUUGAGUGCCGUGCUAUACAUUGGCAGUCGGGUGCCGCAGUUGAUCAAGAAUUGGCGCCAACAAAGCACAGAUGGCCUCAGUUCUGGCAUGUUUGUGUGCGCUGUGUUUGGCAAUUUUUUUUUCGCUUUGUCAAUAUUUCUUAGAUCGACGGAAAGAGGAUAUAUCAUCAAAAACAUGCCAUGGAUUAUUGGAAGUUUGGCAACUGUCAUCUUUGACAUUAUGAUCUUUUUACAAUUUUAUGUGUUCAACAGACGCAAGCUCAAACACAGAGCGGAUUAG